AGAUGGAUGUUAAGAACGGGGUUCGAAGUUGGAGCGAUACGGUUCUGGCACCGGGUCCCGAAGCGGUGGACAUAGCCGCGGAAGAUGGAAGGAAAGCGCACGGGAUCGCACGGUUCAGUCGCCUUUUACCGGCCUUACCGAGAGGAUCGGAUUGCUGUUGAUAAGCGUGCGCGUACGUACGACUCCCUUCGAGAGCUUACACAGAGUGAGAGAGAGGCUGACAUUACGGUAUUAAAAAGACGUACAAAUAGAUACGACAAAUAGAGAGAGAGAGAGAGAGAGAGAGAAAGAGAGAGAGAGAGCGCGAGAGAGAAAAAAAGAGAGAAAGAAAGAGAAUAAAUUGAUAGAAAGAAGAUAAAGGCUUACCACCUUAAAAAGCCUUGUGCGGAUCACUUUAAGAAUGAAAUUCUUCCUCUGCCUGGUCGAAGAAGGCAGCGGUAGUAGAUGUUCUAUAAAAUAUAUUCGAAGUAACUCUAUCGACUGUAAAAGAAAACGACAAGGGAGUUUGUGUCGAAAUGCUAACAGUACACGCUGCUUUAAAGCAUAAGAAAAAUAAGACAUCAUUGUAAGCUGAUUUUCUUAUUCUCUCUUAUCGUGUGAAGAGGGAAAGAGAAAAAAAGAAAGAAAGAAAGAAAGGCAGGCGUAAGAUUACGCGUCGUUUAAAAGCAGUGCAUGUGAAAGAGAAAGAGAGAGCGAUUAAAGAAAAAGAUUACAUUUCUCAUACCGGCGAGCGUGUUAAACGAGGUAUCGUAAGAUUCCUCGUUUAUCUGCGAAUUUCAUAAUCGUGUUAAUACUAUUACUAUACUACUACUACUACUACUACUACUACUACUACUACUACUACGGUAUCAACCGUCUCUCUCUUUCUCUUAUAUAAAACCGCGAAAUUCGAAUUCGCGCCAAAGUGCGUUCCACAGUGGAUACUAUCUCGCAUUUGGAUUACAACACGAAGUGGUGGCUGUCAGCCACAAUGCCAGUGUCAUGGGACCAUACGGACCCUGAUUCUAUGGACGGCUCCUUGGAUACAGUGAGCGUCGUUUCGGAGGAUAUUUGGAAGAAAUUCGACUUGAAUUAUCCAAUAAGUACCUAUGCCAACGAAAUGGACGAAGAGACCGGCCUUUUCGAGGAUAUUUCGAGAAUUACUGCGAGUACGAAAUCUCGAGAGAUACGUCAUCAUGAUUGCAUGUGGGCCGGGUUAUGUAUAAGUCAGGAGCACAAUAAAACUUCGACUGCCAUCAGAAGUUCUCAGUCGCAAGAGAAAAUACCAGCUGGUAGGAGUUUGCUGAUAUCACGAUCCUCGACGACUCUGCCAAAACAACAGCAACAAACAUUACAACAACAACAAUAUCGUGAAAAAAGUUUAACUAACGAUGGAAAUUCCCCAAGACCGGACACACCACCAACAUCUACAUCAGAUACAGAUUCAGAUGAAGAAGUUCCUCUAUUUAAACACGAUCAGAUCGAUAUACACGAGAAGCUAUCGGAAUGCAUGUCCGACCUGGUAACCAAGGCGGCACCGGUAAGCGCAGUUACGAAUCAGCUUGUCAGACGACGUAAAAAGAAGAUAGAUGAAGAAAACAGUGAGCAACAAAAUUUGAGAACUACCCUUAGUGAUCAUAGCUAUCAUCUAAAUCAUCCUGAUCACAAGAGAAUUGAGUGUCUUGGCAUACAAACACCUUCCGAAUCCGAAGAAGAAGAAGAGGAGGAGGAGGAAGAAGAGGAGGAAGAGAUCGACGUUGUGACGUUUGAGAAGCCUAGUCAAGAAGAAAACCAGCAGCUGCUGCAGUAUCAUUAUCAAGAGUAUCCACAGAAGCAGCAAUUUCAGCAACGUUUACAACGAUCACAGAACGUGAAAGAAAAGAGAAGCACUUUGGCAGCAACGACUCAAGCACCAAAACCACGAGGAAGGCCACCGGCGAGUGCAAAACGAAAACAAAAAGAUGUAGCGAACGCUGUUGCAGUCAAUAAUAAAAGAAAGUGUACGAGAAACACUCAGAGAAGAAAAAUGACAAAAAACAUUAAAGAUGGCGUUAGUUCAAAAAGCUCGUCCGAAGAUGAGGUAGAUACCGAAAAGCGAAGUCUACACAAUAACAUGGAAAGACGAAGACGAGUCGAACUUCGGCAUCACUUCGAGCGUCUUCGUUGUCUGGUACCUGCGAUUCAAAACAAAGAAAAAGCUGCAAAAGUGACGAUUCUUAAUCAAGCUACCGCUUACUGCAAAAAUCUGCAGCGUGAAUUUUUUGUUUAUGAAAAUGAGAUGGCAUAUUUAAUGCAACAACAGUCAGUGUUGAGGGAUAAGCUUAAAUUACUUAGAUCUAACCACGCUAGGAGUCGUCACAGAGAAUAUUAGAAAGCCAAAUAAAAAAUGGAAAGGGUGCCCGAAUCAGUUAUAAAUCUCCAUAUAACGAGCUCGCCUUUAUAAACAUGCAUAUAUACAUAUAUGUAUUUACAUUUUUAUCACUACAUGUUUACAUUUAUCAACAUAGAAAUGUAAAUCAGUUAAAUUUGAAGACUAGGACGAUUAUGAAGAAGAGGACGACAACUGAUGAAUCUUUCAAUUUUCCCACAUGAAAGAGAUGUCAUAAAUUGACGAUGAAUACUACGAUUGGAUAUUAGUAAAAGUUAAUCACAAGCUACCACGACUACGCACCUGCAAUUUUUGUGAUAAAAAAGUACACGGAAGAAACAUCAUUUUCUUUUUAUCAAAGGAAAAAAUGCGAACGUGGAAAGAUGCAGAGACGCGUUCUCAAGACGUUUUCGCUUCAUUUUUAUUAUUUGGGAAAUAGUAAUAAGAAAAAAAGAAUGAUCGCAAAUUAGAUAGGAAAACACGGGAAAAGUAAUGGAUGAAGGUUAGCGAUAGGCAAAGCACAUCCAAGAACUUACAUGAUUUAGACGUAUUUUGUACUUUUUUAUUUAUGACUUUGCUUCGCGUAUCGUUCCUUAUAAAAAAAAAAUAGAGAUAAAGGUAGAUAGAUAGAGUAGAAAAAGAAAGAGAGCGAGAGAGCGCGAGAGCGCGAGAGAGAGAUAGAGAUAGAGAGAGAGAGAGAGAGAGAGAGAGAGAGAGAGAAAGAGAAAGAUAGAAAGAAAGAAAGAGAAAGAUAAAGAUAAAUGUAGAGACGUGCACACGAAUAGUCCGCAUUUCGAUGUUCCUCGUUGGGAGUGUCUUGUUCAUUUUUAAAGGCGCAACGUUUGUUAAUUUUUUUCUCUCGAAAUCCUCUGCACACCCCCAACCCCCCAUAAUUUUAUACCAUAUUCGACGGACAAACAAAUACAACAUCUGGUACGUAUGCCAUCCUCUCGGUAAGUCCGCGAAUAUUUUUUUAACACGUGCGCCAAAACGUAAUCCCAAACAAGAAAAGAAAAAAAAAA